CCCCUCUCGCUCACAGAUACCCCGACCAUUUUGAAUCUUAUCGAACAAACAACACAGCAAGUUAACCUUAUUAAUAGACAAAAAAGAAAUAAAUAAAAUAAAGCCAGGUGUGUACAACGGCCCGGUGAGGUUCGUACAGUCGUCGAAAGCCUUUUCCGGCGAUGUUCUGAGUUUUCACAACCGGGGUACCGUCGAAUAAAGAAAGGAUGGCGGCUAAUUCGGCCAGCCCGAUUUCGCCCUCGGACUUAGACGCGAUAAUAAAGCUCAUGUGGGGCAAUGAGGUGAAAGAAGACGUUUUCCAGAGGUGGAAACAAGGUUUUCGGUUUAGCACAGAUGAGCCCACCGCUCUAAUUCAGCAUGAAGGCGGCCCCUGUGCCGUCAUUGCUCCUGUUCAGGCAUACAUUAUCAAAUCGCUCAUCAGUGAUAAAAAAAGGAAGUCACCUAAUUGGAAUGAGGUGGAGAGCGAAUGUGUGGGGAAACUGCUGAUACGUGCCCUCUGUGAAAUAUUAGGGCAGGCUUAUGAUGGAAACAGAUUUGUACUUGUACAGAUGUCUGAUAGUAUACUGGACGAGGAGACAACGAAAACACCCCCAUCUCCUGAUGCUAAAAAACCCAAGGAUCAUUCAUACUUCCAUUCACAACUCAGAACACUGAGUUUUGAGAGCCCUGAAGAGGUCGAAGCCUAUUACCUUGAGAGGAUAGACAUGCUCGGGGAGACAUUUGGGGUCUUGUUGUUCCUUUAUUCUGUUUUGUGUACCAAAGGUAUAGAAGCUUUACAUACUGAAGCAAUUGAUCCGUCAGAGACUUUUAUUGACAGUGAAUUUGGCUAUGGAAGCCAGAGCCUUAUCAAUCUUAUGAUUACCGGCAAGGCUGUGGCUCAUGUGUGGAACUAUGACCAAGAUAUUUGUGGCUUAAAAUUAAAAGGGAUCCAACAACAAAGCCAAAUUGGCUUCUUAACCCUGCUUGAGCAUCUGAGGUACUGCGAAGUAGGUUCAUUUCUUAAAAAUCCUAUGAACCCAGUUUGGGUUCUUGGAAGUGAAACUCACCUCACAGUAUUAUUCUCGUUUGAAAGUAGGCUGGUCUGUGCUGAGACACCAACUGAAGUGGCAAAAAGAGUUUUUAAAAGUUUUGAUCCUGAGGGACGGAACUUUAUUUCUGCCGACUUACUUCAAGACGUGCUUAACAUGCUUGAUUUAGUCUCUGAACCUGAAUAUGUUGAUAUUAUGAGAAAGAAGUUAGACGCGGAAAACCUUGGAAUUAUACUUUUAUCAAGUUUCAUGGAAGAGUUUUUUCCCGAAGAGAAUGUACAUCUCCCUGAUACUUUCACCCUUUACCAUUACAACGGUCUUCUCCGUUCUUGCCCUAACAAUAAGGUUGUCUACCAAAAAGGGAAUGCUAUACUUCUUGAGACACAUGUGCUGUCCGUUUUGGAGAACAACGGGAUGUUGACGUGCCUCCAAACAAAAUGGCCUAACAUCGAGGUGCAGUGGGUGGGUGGGUCGACUCCCUCGCUGAACUAACAAUUUUUUGCACAGGAAAUCACAUUUUGGAAUAGGAAAAGGGGAAAUUGAACAUAAAAAACAAAAAACAAAUUAGGUUGUGAAACAUUGUACAGACCAACUUGGUAUUUUAACAAUAUUCAUUAAAAAAUAAAAAAGAAUAUUAAUAAAAAGUGUAGAUUGGAAAAAGAGAAAGGUGUUCAUUUUGCGUUGAAUAAUUUAUUUUGUAAAUAUAAUUUCGACUAUUAUUUAUUGAAGAUUAAUGUUUUGUCCAGAGUGUGAAAAUAAUAUUGGGAAAUUCUCUUAUUUGUCGUUCAACAAAUCUCAUAAAUGAACACCUUAUGCAUUUAUUAAAAAGAAUUGAGAAUGA